AUGGAGCCCGUUGACGUCGACAACUUUUUGCAACACCAAGAGCAAUUCACUCACGCACACAACCCCACACACAGCAACAUGGACUCAUUAGGCGCUUCCGGCAUGUCUGCCUUUCCCAACGACCCCAAAACGCAAAUCAUGCGCCAGAUCCAGCAAGAAGCUGCGAUGCAGAAUGCGCGCCUGCUCGUCGAGAAGCUGAACGAGCACUGCUUCGAGCGCUGCGUGCCGAAACCCAAUGCCUCGCUGUCCAAGGGCGAGGAGACGUGCUUCACGAGCUGCAUGGAGAAGUACAUGGGUGCGUGGAAUACCGUGUCGAAGCAGUAUGUGGCGAGGAUACAGCGGGAGAGUCAGAAUGGGGUGCAGAACAUCUAG